CGUCAUGGAAACAGAAACAAAUAAUGGAGCCAAGAAGACCACCAAAUGUAUAUAGUUUAGGAUUAGUUAAACAGUCAUGAAUGGAACAACGAUGGACCAUCAACAUCAGCACCAUCAUCAUCACAGCAAACACAGAAGCCAUAGUCACCAUGGUCAUGGUAGUCACCAUCAUCACCAUCAUCAUCGUGAACACCAUUCAUCCUCGUCCUCGUCAUCCUCUACUACGUCUCACCAUCAUCAUCAUAGUAAGCCGAGGAACUACAAGAUGUUGUCAGACCCAUUUUUGGUCAAGGGUGCUGCGAAGGUUUAUCGAUAUGAUGGAGUUGUACCGAAUGAUCCGACCUGCCCUCCUGUACAAGUUAGAGACCCAAGAUCGCAUCUCACUAGGAUAUGGACAAGAUUAGAACCUCUAGAUCUUCCAGUACCACGAUUCAAGAUUGAUGGAAACUACACCGGUGAACCCCCGCCUCUGGAAGUGACUAUUUUUAAUCUCAACGACAAUAUCGACAAAGCCUUCUUGCUGGAAAAGGUACAGAAGGCGGGGCCUGUUGAUGAGAUGUUUAUUUACUUCCACCCCUUGACCAACAAGCACUUGGGACUUGCGAGAAUUGUCUUUGAAGAUACCAAGUCAGCCAAAGCCUGCGUUGAUCGUCUCAACAACACCUCAGUCAUGGGAAAGUUGCUCAAAGUAUUUCUCGACCCUUUCGGUGAAGAGUGCCAGAAAAAGUUUACUGAAAUGACUUCUGAGAAAAAAACUGAAAAAGAAGUCACGACUGUAGAGACUAAAGCGGAGGAGAGUUCUUCCAAAUCCAAACCGAGUAAGGAAAAAGAAGAACCCUCGAAAGUCAAAUCAACAACCACAUCAAGUACGAAGUCUUCUGAAAAAGACAAGAUUAGUGAAGAAAAAGAAGAGAAGCAUAACCAAAAUAGUGACUACCGAAAUUUCAGAAGUCGGGAUUUUCCUACACCAAAUUCGUCAACCAGCUCAGAUCAAGGAUACCAUACGACACAAAGUGAAACACCUACAUACGGCAGUGGUUCUGAGAGGAACUACCCAUCCAGCUUUGCUAAUAGUACUGCCUCUCCCUUUGAAGCUCCUGCUUUUCCUCAGUUAAAUCAUGUUCAGCCUCUUCAGAGUAUGGCUUUCACAAUGCCCCCACCCAAUAUGGGGAAUCCGGGUAUUCCUCGUCCUCCUAUUAGCAUGGCUCUGCGCCACCCAAGACAUCCGAUGAGGCAUCCGAGCAUGCCGAUGCCGUAUCACAUGCCACCGCAUCACCCUCUACCUCCGCCCAACUGUCCCCCACCAAAUUGUCCUCCCCCAAACUGUCCUCCGCCCAACUGUCCUCCCCCUAACUGUCCUCCUCCACAUCAUCCACCCCUACCUCCUCCCCCAAUGGGCAUGAGACCACCCCAGUGGACUAACUGGUCGCACCAUCACCGCUGGGAAGGCCCACCAGGCCCACAUCCUUUGCCUAAAAGCACUCCGACCUGGAUUGCUCAUACAACCAUUGAAGAAAAAGGCCCACCUGUUAAUGUGAAACCACAAAUCAGUCCUGGGGCGACUCAAGGUGUAGGGCAGAGCCAGCAAAACUUAGAUCUUGACACUAGGAUAGAACUGCUUCUAAAAGAAAGAACAGCUGGAGGUAUGAACCCACCUUUUCUAAAAAUUAUGAGUGAUUCAGGGGAGUCUGAUGAUGAUUUGAGGAAAUCACCGUCCAGCAAGCUAAAAGGAAAGCAAGAUACGAUAAACUCACGGCUGAAACAAGGUUUAGGAGAGAAUCAAUCGAAUACGUCGUGCGACAGUUCUCUCCCGACUGACAAAGAUAAGACUGUAGAUGAAGAACCUCGAUCUCCUCUUUCCCAGCCGCCUUCUCCCUUUGUAUCUGAGGAAGCUUACUUACAUUGGUAUAGAAAGGGUAUCGAACAAACGAGGAAAGCUAAAAUCCAAGAGUUGGGAUUUUUAACUAAUGUAGCCAAACUCGCUUCAAAGGAUGAAAUUCACAGUGAAAUAAGUUCAAGCGAAGAUGAAAUCCUUACAAGAAAAAGCCCUUCUUCCAAAGCAAAUGAAGAGGAAAUAGAACCUAAGUCGACUCCUCUUCAAGAUGAGAUUGACGAUAGAAUGAGCCUGUCAAGCUUGAGCUCAGGAGAUGAGAAGAUCGAGACUGUACCAACACCGUAUCAUCAUCAGCCUCCUCAACAUAUUCCUCCGCCUCAACCCUUACAUCCUCCUCUCCACCCCAUACAUCCACAUCCUCACAUGCCUCCUAUGAAUGGUCCACCACCAAGAUUCAUGUCCACUGUUCCACCCCCACCGAUGCCGUACCAGCCGUACCACCACAACAAUUACCACCAACCUCAUUUCCCUCAUAUGCCACCGGUUCAUCACCAACCGCAGCACCAUCCACAGUACCACCAACCUCCUCAGUACAACCAACCUCCUACAAACCCAUUCUGGCACAGACAACCGAUGCCUGGAGGCCCAGGCCCAGGUCCAGGUCCAGGCCCAAGCCCAUACCACAUGUACAAUAUGCCCUCCUACCCCCAGUUCCAUGGGAACUCACCUCAUGUUAACAGGCCUCAUUAUCCCAUGAGGCCUCCAACACCUGUUCAGACAAUGCCGAACAACUUUCAGAACAUUCCUCCGAGUACUCCAGCUUCACAACCGCCGCCGCUAUCCAAACCACUUCCUCCUUUGCUUAAAGAUGUUGUUGACGGUGUAACCAAAGAACUAAAACAAAUCUUGAAAAGAGACUUCAAUAGAAAAAUGGUUGAAAACACUGCCUUCAAGAGUUUUGAGCUUUGGUGGGAUGAGCAAAAACUGGCGGAACAGGAAGUAAAGACUGCUUCGGUAGACUCAGGAGCCACCACUACAAAGCCUGUUCCUACAGAGUCUCCGUUGACCAAAGACAGUUACCUCAACUCCAUCUUAGACCACAGAAGAGAACUAGAUUCUUAUGGUUCAUUUGGACUUGGGUUCCGUGCCACCCUUCCUAAAAUGCCAUCAUUUAGGAAAAAGGUACCACCACCACCACCACCAGAAGAGUCCAGGGACGGUGAAGAGCCUAUGGUCGUGGAGGAAGAAGAAGAUGAAGAUGAUCCAUCUCAGGGUGACUCAGGGAUUGCCUCUCAGAGUAAGGAAAGUCAAGAGUCUGAGGAGGUUCAAGAUGAUAGCACUAGUAGUGCCUCUGACUCUUCCUCAGACGACGAUGACUCAUCUUCCGACUCUUCCAGUUCUAGCGAGGAUGAGCCUAUCAUCAAAGCUUUGAGCUUCCUUGACGUUGAAGACAUUGAGAGAUAUUUGUCAACGAAAACACCAACUGGUCUGAGCACUCCCAUUCCGUCCGAUACAGAGAGCUGGAUAUCAGAAAAACCAGAUCUGACUGUUUUUGAGGUGGAACUAGAAGACAGUGAAAUGACUAUGGAAGAGCCAAGUCAGAGUGUAAUAGAGGAGAUGGAUGUGAUGUCACUGCCCAAGACUCCGAGAGUGGACCAUUCUAGUGAGAGUGAGGAUGAGACGACGUUAGCCAAGCGGAAAGAGAAGUUGGAGAAGAAAGAAGAACCUGUGCUGUCUCCUCCUCAGCUUUCACCUCCUCAUAUCAGUAAACCAGCCGUCCAGAAAGAGAAGUCCCGUUCAAAAGCUAACGGUGUGAUGCCAGAUGCAAUGCGGGACAUUUUGGAGCAGAAACUGCACAAAUCAAAGAACAGAACAGCACCUCCUCACAUAGCCCAAGACCACUCUUACUGUUUGCCUGCUAUAGACGUACCUGCAUACAUCAAUCAUGACCACGGCUACAGUUCCAAGAGUAAGGGACGAACCACUGAUGAACCUGACCUCAAGAGAGCCAAGACUGAACAAAUAACCACUCCUGCACCCAAGCCGAGUAAAUCAUACUCUAAGCGGCCCAUCAUGGAGGAGAUGCUUAUUCUUUAUGAGUUCCUCACCAAGGGUAUUGAUGAGGAAGACGUCAAGUAUAUGAGGCAGAGCUACGAGGCACUACUGUCGUCAGAUGAUAGUGUCAGUUACUGGCUCAACGACACUCAUUGGGUCGACCAUCCAAUUACAGACCUAUCUUCCGAUGUGCCCAAGAAUAUGAACAAGGACGACUGGCAUAUACACAAAACUGGUUGUGCAAGGAGUGAAGGGUACUACAAGAUAGAUAGGGUGCAGAAGGCCAAACAUAAGCAUCAUUUUGGACAAAACUUGGCUCCGAAGGAGGCUGAAUCUGAGAAACCAGAUCCGAUCUGCCCCAAGCCUCACAUGGGCAAGAUGUUGUCUAUCUCUCGUGAGGCUCGUAGUAACCAGCGUCGUCUGCUAACUGCCUUCGGAACUGUAACAGACAGUGACCUUCUCAAGUUCAACGGUCUUAAGUUUCGAAAGAAGCAACUCAAGUUUGCCAAAUCCAAGAUCCACGAUUGGGGCCUGUUUGCAAUGGAACCUAUUGCUGCAGAUGAGAUGGUUAUUGAGUACGUGGGUCAGAUGGUUCGGCCACUUGUGGCGGAUCUACGGGAGAAGCAGUAUGAAGCUACUGGCAUCGGCUCUUCUUAUCUAUUCCGAAUAGAUUUGGAGGCCAUCAUAGAUGCUACGAAAUGUGGAAAUCUCGCAAGAUUCAUCAACCACAGUUGUAAUCCGAAUUGUUAUGCGAAGAUCAUUACCAUUGAUGGUCAAAAGAAGAUUGUCAUUUAUUCCAAGCAACCUAUCGGCGUUAACGAGGAGAUCACUUAUGACUACAAGUUUCCUAUUGAAGAUGAGAAGAUCCCUUGUUUAUGUGGCGCACCGCAGUGUCGUGGUACGCUCAACUAAGCGUUUAAGCGUAUCUUUCCUCAUUGUGAUAAUUCCAUUUUAUCCACCUUGGUGGUUCAAGUAGUAAGUGAUGUACAUACCUGUAAAUUCAACACUAUUUUAAUACCUAGUGGUAGUGAUAGGUGGAUGCUGAUGCUGAUGCUGUUUACUAGUCCUGUGCUGUUAUCUUAGGUCGAGUCCAAAGGGAGCACCUAUGUGCGUGUAAAAAUAAGGUUAAUUCGCUCUUUUGUACGUGAAAAUGUAAACAAUAUGUUCCCUGUAACUGUGUUAAUAUGUAUAUAUGGAAAUUGUAUAGGUUUAUUUAUUUGUGUAGUUCUUCAUAAGUUCAGUAGCUAGAUAUGUUUAAUAAGUUAAUUUUUAUAGAAAAUGUUUGUAUAUUUUUAUUUUAUCAAAUACUAAAAGUACAAUUUUAAAAAGAGGUAUUGAUAUUCGUGUAUAUAGAGUUUAUUUUUAUCUUUUAAUGUUUCAUGUAAAAGGAAAUAGUAGGAGAAAAGUUUGUUCAUAGCUUUACUAAAAACGAAUUUGUAAUUUGACUGAACUGAUGAUUUUCAAUUCAAAAUUUCUUUAUAUUUAUUUGCAUGAAUUUUUAUUUGAUGUUCAACGUUGUCUAGAAAAAGUUAAGUAUUUUUAACAAAAAUCUAUUAAUAUAAUAUAUAACAAUCUAUUACUUCUCCUUAAGUCGUCAUUGCUCAAGUUUUCCUCCAAUCUGACUUGGUCACUUCUUGAUAACCUGUAUAACAUACAGAGUAAUUUAUGGUGUCACUUAUUCAAUUAUUUUAGUCUGUAUUAUUUUAAUAUAAAACUGGCAAACAAUUGAGUUCUGGUAAACUGAGUUAAUGUAAAUUAAGCUGUUUAUUUAUUAAUGUAAUGUGUUUACCUAACCUAACAAAAACAAAUAAUAGAAUUUGGUAAUAUGUACAUUAACACUGACCACUGUAAAAAUGUUAAUCUGAAAAUACCAAAUUAUUUUUAAACUUUAAUUUUUAAAUAGUUAACAAUUAUUGAAUCUGGUUGGUACGAAGUACAUAUACCAGGUCAAGUUGUUUGUUGUGUUUGAAUGAUUGAUAUGAUUGAACUCAAUGAACCUUAGUCAUGUACAAUGGAACGUAUUUAUUCAUAUUUAUUAUUUAAGUGACAAUAAGAAUUUAUUUGUUCAAUUUUAACUUCAAUCAAAUGCAUCAGAAGGUUUACUACCAACAAUAGUAGAAUCUCUCAAACCUGGCCUAAUGAGGACCCAAAUGUGUCUGAGUCAGUGAAAAUGCCAAUUUAUUGAGAAUAAUAGAACUAAACAUAACAAAAAUUCUCUAAUUGAUUAUAAAUGGUUAUUAUUCAUCAAAUACUCUGUAGAAUACAGUAAAUUUUCACUUGAACUGAUAUAACAGAACAAAAAGUGAAAAGUAAACAAUAGAACGAAGAAUAUAAAAGCACUAUAUCAUGUGCAUACAGUUUGUUUCUUAAUAAAAUUAAUCCUCCAAGGCUAGCUAACACAAACAGGAAUCAAAUUUUAUAAACAUUACUAGCUGUGUACCCGUUCUACGGACAGGGAUCUGUUAGUCAGUUGAAACCUUCCUAUAGUCAGAACAGCAGUUUUUUUUCAUAUUUAAUGUGAAUUUGUAUUUGCCAAACAAAUGAUAAGUAGGCCUAUUUCAUAAAUGACGUAGCCUAUGUGGUAAACUUUGGGAGAAAACUUGACAGAAAUCGCACAAAAUUGUGUUUUUGAACGUCCGUUAUUUUAUUUGAAAAGUAUUGAAGCCAUAUUUUAAGUCCCUCACAGUGAGUUAUUUUUUGACUGUUCAUCUCCCUUGUUAAUCUCUUCUUUAUCAGAAUCCCAAAUACUUUCUCCCUUCUCUCCUUUUUCUUUUACUGUUUCAACAAUUGCCUCACUCAAAAGAUUGUUUUCUCCAGUAUCCUGCUCCAUCCAUUCUGUCAAGUCACCAUCAUUUGCAUUUUCACAACCAGGAGCCUGUUAGCCCAUAAUUUUCUUCAUCUUGUUUUCUUUGUCAAGAAGUUUUCUCCAGGAAUGCACCCGUCCAAUUUUUUUCCAAUAAGUCUACUUUUUUAAGUUUUGCACCAAAUCUUGACAAUUUUCAACCACUACCAAAAUAUAUGAAACCAGCUUGCUGUUGUAUAUCUUCUAGAACUCCAGGUUCCCUGGCUGGUAUAAUGAAGUCACGUUACGAGGCAGGAUUACAGUUUUUAUAUCACCAUUGUGUAUUCAUCUAUGUCAAGAUGUGAAGAGACAUUGUCUAAGAUAAGAAGUGCUUUUCUUGGAAGAGUUUUCAGUUUCACAUGUUUUUCAACAGCAGGUACAAACUGUUUGUAAAACUACUCUUUAAAGACCAACCCAUUGAUCCAUGCACUGUCUGGUGUUUACACCACACUGGAAGACUGGCUACAUUAACAUGUUUAAAAGCACAUGGUUUUUUAGCUUUAACUAUUAGAUAUAGUUUUAGCUUGUCCUCCCUUGUCACAUUGCUGCAGGCCAAGAUGGUAAUAAGUUCGCUGCUUCUCGGGUACCCAAGAGCAGACUUUUCAUUCUUUGAAGCAAGGGCUUAGCUAACCCCCGUUAAGGGUAAAAUAUUUAACCCCAUUUCUUGUGAAUUAUAAAUCUGCUCUGUCACACCUUCACUUUCAAUUACCUUUUAAAUUUUUCUUUAAACUUUAAAACACCUGUCAUGUCCCCAGAAAGUUUUUCACCACAUACAGUUAGUAGUCUGACUCCAUACUGUUUUUCCAACUGUCAAGCCUACCAACAAUUGCUGCAAAAUCUGCUGCUCGUAGAACUUAAACGCUUUCCCUAGCAAUAUGGACUUGAAAUUGGGGUUCCCUUUCCUAGAGCUUGAUGGAGCCAUAGGUAGUGCCUCGCCUACUUUUUUAUAUUUUUUCCUUUUAAUGUUUCACUGCAAUUCUCUUAACUUACCACACUUGUUAUCCUGCUCAAUUUCUUUUCCAGUCACCAAUUAUAUUCUUACCAACUGAAAAUCCUUCCAUAGACACCUUGCUUACAUUACCUCCUUUGCCCAGUCGUUUUAAUGUACAUAACUUCUGUUCCAUGGGUUAGAUGAAGUUGCCAUAUUAGUAGUUUUGUCGUAAUGCACACUGACUAGAAUGCAAUAGCUCAAUCUCACUACUUAAACACUGGGAAUGAGGUGUAACUGUCCACGAAGAUGGUAGCCAAUGGCAGGAGGGCAUUCACCUUGAGUGGCAAUACAUAAAGAGACUUGUCAGUGUCACGUUAGCUUAUUAUGAUAUGGGCAUUUUAUUUAUUUAAAAUUUAUUUUUCAAUUCUCUGUCACAUGGGGAUAUUAGAACUGCUGACUUAUCGAAAGCCUGGUUUGUGAUACUCUACUGUAUAUAAUAGUUUUUUUGUUAAUUCUGUUAUAUUAUAAAAAUAUUUUAAAUUAAAAUUGAAUUCUGUUACAAAGUGUAUUUAAAAGAAAUAAUGAAUUCAACUAUUCAUAUUGUGUUCAUACUAGCUUUACAAUUAUUUAUUUGAAAAAAAAAAUUGGUAAAAAAGUCCAUCAGAUCUGAUAGUAAUAAAACUGUUAGACAACUCUAUACAAAAUGCUUUAAAAUAUAUUGUGUUAUGUGUGUUCAAAUAAUACUUAUGAAGCAGCAACAGACUGGAUUCUGGUACUGAAUACAUUAGAAAGAAAUACUAUAAUGCAGUAGAACCACUAUUAACCGUCACCCUGGGUCUGUGAGUGUGAUGGUUAAGCGAAUAAAGGAUAACAGAAAUCCUAUUUUAAAUCUGUACAGUAAGUUGAUUUUAAAGGUUUUGGAAGAAAUUAAAGCCUGUACAAGCGAAUAAUAUAUAUUUAUUUUUAAAUUACUUACAUACAAGAGCAAUUUAGAACUAUUAUUUGUAUGUUGUACUUGUUCAAUGUUCGAUCCCAAUUAAAAAUAAUUAAGUACAGGCUGACGUUUAAUCGAGAUUCUACUGUAAGUUGUUUAUUUAUCUUCUAUUUUUACUAGCAUAUUCAAUUCGUAACUGGAAAAAAUGUAAUAGAAUGUAACACCAAGUACAUCUUUAUUGAAUAUUUUAAUUGUAAUACAACUGCAUGGGCCUAUAGUGUUUAAAAAUAUAUUUAAGUUAUUUAUAUUGCUUUUAAUCAUCAUAAAAAAUGUUAACUGGAAAAACAUUAGAAUGUGGUACCAUGUAAAUGUGGUAUGAAGUGCAUUUUUAUAAGAAAUACUAAAUUAAGCUGUUUACUUAAUAUUGUGUUUUGAUUUGCCUUUACAAACUUCCACUAGCAAACAUUUUACAUAAUUUUGUACCAUCAACUACUUUCACCUAUGUUCAAUCUUCAAAGCAAGCUUAGACACCUGAUAAGUAUGAUAGUUUAAUAUAAUAGGGACUGCAAUAUCAUAAUUUGAUUAAUUAUGUCACAGCCUAUUUAUUUAAAUGAGGAAAAUUUACUAUCAACAUAAAAGGUUCCAUUUAAAAUUUGAAGAAUGAAUUUUGACUAGUAAAGUAUCCUGGUACUAAUUGCAUAUUAAGUAACUUGACAACCCAGAGCAGUAUUAAUGUUUACAUAGUUUUCAAAUGCGUAAAAAUUCAGUGUCCCAAAGAGGUUUAGAAAGACCAACCCAUCCUUAUCUAGGUCCACUGAACGUUUUAACAAAAGAAUGAAACUUUGAUGUACAAAGUAUGACUAACCACAGUAAGUUUUGAAAAUUUACAAUUUUAAAAGAGAUACCCUUGUUAGCUUUUUGGAGAUUGGAAACAGUUGCUUUUUUGAAUGUUUGUUAAAGCCCUUAAUAUCUUGAUUUCUUUGGUAACACAAUAAACUUAAUUAUUAUAGCUGGGCAUGUACUUGUUUUAAGUUAUACCAUCAACAUAAUAUUUAGUCUGUCAUUUUAAAACCCCAAUAUUAAUACAAUUGUUAAUUGGUUCAACAUGUGUUGAUAAUUAAGAAUAGUUUUUUUUCAUGCAAUAGUUUCAUAACUUGCUGUUCCACAAUCUUACCAACUUGUUUACAGUUAGCCUUUACCUUCGUUAUUAUUUUUUGUUAGUGUCUACACCAGUGGAACUUUUACUGAAAUAAUAUAAACUCUUAUAAGGGUGAUAGCUCGAAAUCCCUCUGGGAAGUACAAUUCUUGUAAAAUCCUAAAAUGCCAGUCACAUUACAACUUGCUAUAUGGUUUGAAUGACUGCAAACGGAAACACAAUAAAAUUUUGUUUACAUGAAACCUAAUGUCUGUUUUAUUAAUUAUAAAUUGUAUAUACAAAUGAAGACGUUGAUUCGUUCAAAUGAAGUGUUUUUUUAACACAGAUUAAUAGUGACUAAAAGCCUUAAAGUUAUAAAUUUUAGUAUUUUUCUGGCUGCUCUUAGUAUAUUCUACUUUGUCCUACACUCAUAUUUGGGUUAAAAUACGCCCAGUUGUUAAUUAAAUUGGUAUUUUCCCAAUUCCCAAUUCAAAUUGGUAACAUAAAAUGGUAUUACAGUAUUUGUAUAUUGUUUUCUUGCAUUAAACAAGAUUUAACAUUAUUUUUUUAACUGUGGUAACAACUAAUGGGAGAUAGUAAAAGUUGAUUGGUUUAUUGUCCGUAGAUUUAAUAUUUAAAUAGCUAUUUCCUAUUCUUAGUCUAAACUCAUCUUGGGGUGGUUAUUUUUGUGUGUAUUGAUUCGGUGUUGUGAUCUUCCAUGAGUUUUUAGGGUUUAUUUUAUAAAUAUAUUAUUCUUAACAACAUUUUCAUGUUUCUUUUCUAGGUGAAGUAUUCCUAAUUAUGAAAUUGGUAAAAUUAAGUAAAGUUAGUUUUUAUUUGGAAUUAAUAACAACUUCCCAUUUGACAAACAAAAAUGAAAGUUAAUUGAUUUAAAUUUAUAAAAGUUAAAAAAACUAAAGUAAUUUAAUUUAUUUGAGUCAGAAAAUUUAAUUUUAAUACUUUUAUCUUAAUUGACAUUGUUAGGAUGUAUUAGAGAAGGAGCUCAAGGUAUUUCACGUGUUUAGUAGCUGGUAAAAAACUAUUUUUGUACAUUUUGUGGAUAGUCCAUUUAAGUGAAAUAAAACCAGCUUUUAAACAAAACUGUGUUUAGUACCAUUGUAGUUUUUGUUUGAAAACUUGUGUUUUGAGUUGUACAAACUAAUUUGUAUGAGUUAAUUUGUUUUUGUUAAAUAAUUGGUAUAUAUUUUAGUAUCUAUGUUCAUAGUUUUAGAAUAGUUAUGUAAACAAUUGGUAUUGAAUAAAUCUUU